UGGAACCGUUGUUUUGUUAACUUAAAUGCAUUCUACUUUCCUGAAGCUGACAUCGCACUUUAUUUGCAGUUGAUAUAGUAUCGGCUAUGGCUAAUAAAAAAUUGAGGCGAACAGGUAUGCUUCCCGAAUUAUGCGACAGAUUGGACCGCCAUCAGAUCGAAACCUGCCAGGACUUCCUCUCUCUUGGUCCCCUGGAGCUGAUGAGGGAGGCUGGCCAGAGUUAUCAGCAGGUUCAGACUCUUCUGCGGACCGUCAGCCUGGCUUGUGCUCCCACAAUGGUCACGGCCUUAGAGCUAAGGGACAGGCGGUCCCGUGCUUUCUUCCCCACCUCACUACGGGGACUGGAUGUGGUGCUUCACGGCGGGCUGGCCAGUGGAACUCUCACUGAGGUUACGGGACCCUCUGGUUGUGGGAAGAGUCAGUUCUGUAUGAUGCUGAGUGUUUUAGCAACCUUACCACGCAGCAUGGGAGGACUGGAUAGCUCUGUUCUAUACAUUGACACUGAGUCUGCCUUUUGUGCUGAAAGGCUGGUGGAGAUCGCACAGAACCGUUUUCCAAAGUAUUUCAGUCUGCAAGAGAGAGUAGUUGAAAUGGCGCAAAAGAUUCACUUAUUCCGUGAACUGACCUGCCAGAAUGUGUUAAAAAGGUUAGGGGGCUUGGAGGAGGAGAUCAUCUCGAAGAAGGCAGGGCUAGUGAUCAUCGAUUCCAUCGCCUCAGUUGUGCGGAAGGAGUUCGACACAAGUAUUCCUGGUAACCUCAGCGAGAGGAGCAGUCUGCUGUCUCAGGAGGCAGCCACGCUCAAGUAUCUGGCUGAGGAGUUCUCCAUUCCGGUGGUUCUAACCAAUCAGAUUACGACGCACCUCAGCAGGAAAGGUACUGCACCCUCACACCUGGAAUGCAAUGUGCCAGAAAGUGAAGUAAGUGCAGACGGAGAGUCGGGGUAUGUUACUGCAGCCCUGGGGAACACAUGGAGCCACAGCGUCAAUACCAGACUCAUUGUACAGUACUUGGACUCACAACGGAGACAGAUAAUUGUGGCCAAGUCUCCUAUUGCUCCAUUUUCUGUAUUCAACUACACUGUUCAGAACUCGGGUCUUGAACUGGAAGAUGGCGAGGAUCAGGCAGGCUCCUCCCACCAAGGAACCGAUCCGGGACUUCAGCCAAUCAGGGUGCGGACUGCCUUUAACUAUUGCCUCACACAUACCACACCCACUUCCAGCCAGAGCACUGGUUGCCAUUGAAGGGAGUGUGUGAGGUGGAGCAUCACAAUACAAGGUUUUAUACGGAUCAAAUAUAGGUUUUCUUUUAUAAUUCGUAUUUAUAAAAAAAAAAACUGGUUUGGACACAAUGCUAUGAAUAUUCAACACAGAAAAUGUCUAAUGUAUUUUUUAUUUACAGCAAAAAGUUGAUUUUGUUUUUUUAGAAAGGUUAAAUUCUUAACAAUAUAAUAAUCCUCAAGCAAGAGUAGAACUAAUUAAAAAUGUAUUACCAGAAGUGGACACAUCGUUUCAUGUAGACUUUUUUUUUCUUUAGUUAACUGCCUAAUUCACUACAUUGAUGUGCUUUUUCAUGCCAUUACAGUUACAUUCACAAAAGAAUAACCAUACAGAACUCCAAUCCAUGUUUGCUCUGUUAUAGAUGUUCACAAUGCAUUCUGCUCUUCAGGGAGAAAGCAUGUUACCACUUGAAAUGUUGCUCCAUUCAUUCCAGUGCUAAAUCAGCGUUUUUUUAGUUUUUUUUUUUUUUUUUACCACACCCACUAAAGUCAGUGGAAAGCACUUUUUCUUUGUACUCAAGGCUGCACAACAUGCAGACAUAAGGUAGGAUUGAGGUGGCCAGUCAGUGAUGGAGUGUCCUGAGCUGCUGCCCCCAAGGUACAACAGAAUACCUGCUCAUGAGAUAAUGAAGCUUAGGGGACCUUUGGUCCUGUUAAAGUGGUUGUAUGUUACAAAAUGAUUCCAUAAACCUUACUCGUCAUGCUCUUCCUUUAACAAUAUCAGCCCCAAAUGUGCUGUUUUGCAAACAUGUAUUUCCAUUUUAACACUUGAUUACUGGUAUUACACCAAGAUAAGUUUCUUUCCCUUUUAUUUCCUGGGUCGUUAUACCUUAGCUGUGUCUUCAAAUGGGGAAGGAGUUGGUUGGUUAACGACAAUUUUACUCCAGGCGAAAGUGUAACACUACUUGAACGCAAGGAUAGCAAACAGAGAUUUAUUUAACCAAAUGUAGUAUCUGUUUUAAAAUAAAAAAUAUGGUGAAUUUAAGUGCACCACAAGUAAGAAUUAUAAAAUUAUUUUGUUAGCUAAUACACUUUAAAUAAUCUCAAUCUGGAUUUCAAUCAAGAGGAGUGAAAAGGUAAUUCUCGAAAAUAAAAAUGUUGCCUUUGCCACCUACUGUGGGUUCUACAGCAAACGUUGUAUAUUUUAUGUGGUGACUGAAGGAUAGAGAUAUUUUAUUUAAUUGUGAUCAUGUAUUUACAAGCGAUAUUCAGAAAGAUCUGACACAUAAGUAGGUUAGAUGGGACAAAGUUGCCUUUGUUUACUUUUAACAUUAGAAAAUGCUCUAAAUCCUUGGUACUCAGUAGGCUGCACGUUGUUCCAAUCGUGUUUUGCUACAACAUUGUGAAUGCCCCUGUGAGGCGAGAGUGUAUUAAAUGGAAUGUCCAGACAGUAAUUUAUGUGUACA